AACCUGUGAUGUCCAGCUCUGUUAGUCAGGCUCUUGGAGACAAAGGGAACCCGUACCACAAGAAAGACCUGGAUAAGUCAGAAGAACCUAAGAUGUCCAAAUCCACCAGUAGCACAAGUCAGGCACCCCCAAAGGGAAAGACUGACAUUAUUGAACCUGUGAUGUCCAGCUCUGUAAGUCAGGCUCUUGGAGACCAGGGAAACCCUCAUUACAAGGCAAAACUUGAUAAAUCAAAGAAAUCCAAAGGCAAAGAAUCCAAGAGUCAAAAGACCACAACCUUAACUCCAGCGACACAGGACCCAUUAAUGGCUCAGCCUGAUAUCAUUGAACCAGUGAUGGCAAGCUCAACAAGACAAGCUCUUGGUGACCGGGGCAAUCCAUACUACAAGAAAAAUCUAGACAAACAGUCAAGGAAGGACACAGCGGAGGAUGAAGUCAAGCCAGCAACUGCACAGGCAGACAAAGGUGAUAAAGGGAUGAAGAAAAGGAUGGAAAACCGAAACUGCUCAAUCAGCAUCCAGCCAAUCAGAGGCGGGCAAGGAAUCACCAGGUGCACCUAGCAGCCAAUCAGAAGACAGUAAACCAACAUCUGAUAUUUCUUCAACCUCAACCAGUCAGUCAGAUGAUAGUUCAAAAGUAUCAAGCAGUCAAUCUGCUGACAGUUUAAAAGCAGAUUCCGUCUCACCAGAAAAGCCUCUUCCUGACAUCUUGUCAAGCUCAAAGCCGGAUACUGAGGAUGUGAAUAAGAACAAGCAAGAUAAAAAUACCAGCCAAUCAGAUGCUGUGAAUUCAAAUAAGGACCAAUUAGGUUCCAGUAAACCACGAACUGUGUCUGGAUCAUCGGCAGGGAAACAGUCUCGUUCAGGCUCCACCAUAUCCCAGACAGAAGGUCUGCCAACUCUGGCCUUAAGAGAACCGCCUCCGUUGUUCGAUGAUGAUGAAGAUGUGGAUAGUCCACUGUUCGGGAACGACAACACUGUGAGUGACACGUUUGGGUCAGGAUUGAACCCCCCUGACAAGGAGAAGCCAAAGGAUCCAAAGAAACCCACCAAGCUGCCAACUAAAGAUGAGCUUGCAGGAGACGAGGACCUGAAGACGGCCCCACCACUACCACUGUUUGGGGAUGACGAUGAUGACGAUGACCUUGACUGGCUCAGCGGCUAAACAACACACAGUGUCAUGAAUCAUUAUGACAAUACAAACUGAUGUCGUAUAUCGUCAUGACAACAUACACAGAUGUCAUAUUUCGUCAUGACGAUGCACACUGAUAUAUAUCAUCAUAACAACACACUCUGAUAUUAUGUUUCAUUACGAUAACACUCACACUGAUAUCACAUAUUGUCAUGACAACGGACACGAUUGUCAUGAUAACCAUGACAACACACCGAAAUGUUGUAUGCGUAUAACAAUUACGCUGAUGUCAAGCACUGUCAUAACACCGUACACUGAUGUCAUGUAUCGUCAUGACAACUGAUAUUGAUGUCAUGUGUUGUCCUGGCAACUGACACUGAUGUCAUGUAUCGUCAUGAUAACUGACACUGAUGAGUUAAGACGGAUCAGCAGGGAAUACUUCAAAUUAAUACUCCAGUGUUUGUUAAGCAUCAUUUGUUAACUGGCAAUGUGUUAAAUAUGUCAUACUUGCCUCUAAGAUCACUCACAUAAAAACCUCUCUUGGUACAACCUAUGACUGAAUUUUUUAAAAUAGCAUUAUUUUAUAAAAACAUACAUUUCUUUUCUUUUUAAACAGUUUCAAAACCGGUUAUGAAAUCCAAAAGAAAUUAUUUUUCCUUAUCCUGACUCAUGAGAAGCAAAGAUCAUGAGUCAGGAUAAGUAUAAAAUAUCAAUUUUACUUAAAAAAUUACAUACUUCUGACCAUGUUUUAUUAUGAUAUUGUAAUAGAAUUUUAUUCAGACCCCACACUGUUUAUCAGAGAUGUUUAAAUUUAGCUGGAGCACAUUUAACAUUAUCAGACAGCAUCUUUGCUGUUGAGACCUCGGCAUUUCCUUGAGGACCAUGUGGGUCAAGAGGCAGUGGGGUAGCCUGGUGGUUAAAGCGUUCACUCGUCACGCUGAAGACAUGGGUUUGAUUCCCCACAUGGGUACAAUGUGUGAAGCCCAUUUUUGGUGUCCCCGCUGUGAUAUUGCUGGAAUAUUGCUAAAAGUGGUGUAAAACUAAACUCACUCACUCCUGGGUCAUGCCUUAUCUUUCAAGAUGAGAGGAAAAAUGCUUAAGUCAGACCCCCCUCUGUUCUCUUGUGGAAGACGCUUCCUUUCUGUAAUAUAUAUAUCUAAACCCAUGGGAUAAUGAAAUAUUGAAAUAAUAAGAUUAAAUGAAAAA